UUAGUGUUACAAGGUCUGAGGUGUGAAUGGAGAGCAGGUGUGUUACAUUUGGUGGUAUCGCUCUCACUCUCUGGUCACUGUGAGUUCAACAUGGCACCUCAUGGCAAAGAACUCUCUGAGGAUCUGAAAAAAAGAAUUGUUGCUUUACAUAAAGAUGGGCUAUAAGAAGAUUGCCAAGACCCUGAAACUGAGCUGUAGCACUGUGGCCAAGACCAUACAACGGUUUAACAGGACAAGUUCCACUCAGAACAGGCCUUGCCAUGGUCGACCAAAGAAGUUGACUGCACAUGCUCAGCGUCAUAUCCAGAGGUUGUCUUUGGGAAAUAGACAAACGAGUGCUGCCAACAUUGCUGCAGAGGUUUAAGGGUGCUCAGACCAUACGCCGCACACUGCAUCAAAUUGGUCUGCA